AUGGCUAUGAACAAAAUUCCCGGCCACAAUAUAUAUGUUGGAGGGGUUCUCUCUCUCAAAAACAACGCGGCUUUGACUAGAGCAAAUAUCACGCACAUAGUGUCUGUGCUGCGUCUGCAGCAAGCAGAUGAACUUUUGGCAUCUUACACACGUCACUGCAUAGAAGUCGACGAUGUGGAUGACGAAAAUUUGCUAGAGCAUUUCCCCGCCGCUGUCAAGUUUAUUCAGUCAGGACUUGACAGCGGCGGCGCUGUGCUGGUGCAUUGUGCUAUGGGGAAAUCCCGGUCGGCGACUGUCUGCAUUGCCUACAUGCUUCAUCAGCAGCGUAGUGCGCUGACACCUCAAUCCGCGCUUGCCAUUAUCAGAGAAAGCCGGCCUCUGUGUGAACCUAAUGAUGGUUUCAUGGAACAGCUUUCACUCUAUCACCAGAUGGGCUGUCCUGAAGAUGUCACGAGCCAUCCUCUGUAUAGCAGGUGGCUCUACCGUCGGGAAGUCGAAGAAAGUGUAGCCUGCGGACGGGCACCCGAAAUGAACAACGUAUUAUUCGAGGACGAACAACCGCACAGGCCACAGGAAACUCUAGGCCGUAUGACGGAGAUUAAGUGUCGCAAAUGCCGACGGAAAUUGGCGACCACGCCGUUUGUUGUGCCGCAUGGACCUCAGAAACCUGGCGUAUCGCUCGCGAAUACAGAGUGUGCACACAUCUUCCUUCAUCCAUUGACGUGGAUGCGGCCAAGUCUCUUUCCUGACAGCGGAUCCGGCGACUCCGAGGCACCUCUGGGAUCACCGCCAGCGGAUGCUCCGCUAUCAGGUCGCUUGACCUGUCCCAACAACUCUUGCGGCGCCAAUAUCGGAAAGUUUGCCUGGCAGGUCCCCGCCAUCGGCCUGGCGAAAGCUCGUGUCGACAUCUCAGAGCAGGUGAAUACAGCUCGGGGCCCAGCCCAGGCAGCCUUUGGCAUUCGCCUGCCGCCUGGAAUGAGAGCUAGUCUCACCGACGACGCUACGGGGCGCGGAAACCUCUAA